AUGCAAAUUCCGCAUAAUAUCGGCUCCUGCGUCGAGGAUAAAUACACAAGCCCUUGUGACAUAGUUCACAUCAACUUUCUUUUCCACCCCGGCAUCGGUACCAAAUUAAGCAUCGCAUUCGGAUUUCGAUUACAGUAUCUCUGUACAGGUACCAACCUUCAAGCUUUUCUUCUCUGGACAGAGAUGCUUGAACUUCGGAUGGAGGAAGGCGGGACGAGAGCCAAGUGCCAAGAUGUUGCUCCCGACAACCGUCCGUUGAACAAGAACGAAACGGGCAUCAUGUUUGAUCUUACAUAG